UGUGUAGGAGAUUCGAUAUGGCGGCAGUUGAAAAUGGCUGCCAAAUUAAAAACUGUAAAAAUUACUUACGGAGAAUUGGAAAAUAUUGUUGAAAGGAAGUCUGAAAAUAAACCUAAUAGCCAUCAAAAGGACAAAAUUAAUGAGAAAAAAAGAAAAACAAAAAGACCAGAAAUAGGAAUAUAUCGUCCACCAAGUCUUUUAAAGCAGAAAAAUCCAGUAGAAGAUGUAGACAGUGGCCAACAACAGCUAAAUGAGCAAGGGGAAAUCUGGGAGGAAGAAGAACACAGUACCAGUUCUACCACAAACAGUAAAGAAAACAGUAUUGAAAGAGAGAUUAAUGAUGGAAUUAAAGAUAUAAAUCUGAAUGAGAAACAUGAUUUAUCUAAAUCAAGAAGAAAAAGACCAGAAAUCCAGAGAUAUGUACCUAAAGGGAAGAUACUGGAAAUGCAACAGAAUAAAAAUGAAGAUACAGAAUCAUCGGGCGAAGUGGGCGAUGUAACGCCCUUGUUUAUUGAUGAAGGUUCCGAUACAAACGAUAGAAAAAUUGACUUAAAAUUGGAUGAUAUCAAGAACAUAAAAGUUACUGUUUCAAAAGAUGGUGAAUCAAAACAAGUUUCUAGAUCAAGAUCUAAUACGGCUGAGGCACAGAGCGUAGAAGACAUGCCAUCCGCCUCAAGGUCAAAAUCGGAAACUCAAAGUACAGAAAAGUAUCAAAGGCAACCUUCACAAAAAGGACAAUGUGAUUACAGAGAUUAUAAGGGCAGUAAAAGUGAUACAAGAAACCAGUAUUCUAAUGUUAAAAAGGAAGGUUUCUCUGCAAGUCCAAAACCACAAAGAACUGAUAGAAGACAAGGCAAAUUUCAGCCCGCUCAGAAUAAUAACCAGCGUGUACCUGAUGAAGAUUUAUCUGACGAAGGAAAUGUCAUUCAGACAAUGGUGUUUGAGAGAAAGGACGAUAAUCAAUCAGAUUCAAAACUAACCGUGGAAAACUUAUCACAGAAGCCACCAAGAGGUAGUGGAAAGCAAGGCUCAAAGAGAUACUCAACAAACAUGAGACGUCCUAGAGCAGGAAGUUUUAGUAGUGAUGUCAGUACUGCCAGUGAUCUCAGUAUUGAUGAGGAAACGACGGAAAGAAUCCUCUCCUGGGAUAGGGAAGUUGAAAUGGAAAUGGCAAAGCAAGUUCACAAUGAAACUCAGAAGCUAAAAGAGUAUUUAGAAAAACAAGAAAGUAGUGUGGAUUGGAAUAAGGAAGACAAGCACAUGGAUUGGAGUGAAAUGGUAGCUGACAUGCCUAUAGAUGAUAUACAGGAUAUUCCUCCUGACUGGGAACACAUCAAACCGGCAGGAUCUGUUGAACUGCUGGAUAAGAUAUCUAGUAGGAAAGAAAAUGAAGACAUUGGACAGAGAAAUUAUCAAAAUGCUGGUACAUUCCCUAGAAGGAAUAAGAGAAAUUCUGGUGAGCGAAAUAAAGGUAGCUCAAUAGAAGGCAGAAACGAGAACUGGAAUGCUGGCUCGUGGGACAGACGUUGGAACCAUGAUAAUAAAAAUAAGCAAGACAAUGAUGAUUAUUACAGGGGUUAUGACAGAAGGGAAAGGAGACUAAGUAAUGGUUCAACUGGCGGAAGGAGAAGGAGACAGUCCAGGGAAUCCAAUGGAAGGAGAAGUAGGGAUUCUAGUGUGUCAAGUGUACAGAGUGUUAGAAGUAACCAUGGAGAUGAGGAUAUGUAUGGAUCGUACAGAAGACAUAAAAGACAAAAUAGUAAUUCUAGCUUACGUGGGGGUUCAAGUCGAGAAAGACUAAAUGAGCCAGAAAGUUUGAAUAUCAAAGUGACAAUAGGAAGUGACAGGCGACAAGUUGUUGUUCCCGAAGGGGAUGGCAAGCAGCAAGGAAAAAAUGUUGGUAGAGGAAGAGGUAGAGGCAGGCGUCAGCAUGGCUUGGAUAUGAGUCAAGGUCAGAGGGUUGGAAGCAGAGGGCCAAGUGAAGAACCAGAAAGUAUAGAUAUGCAAAGGAAAGACCAACCUAACAGAGGAGGACACAAUAAAGAGGAAUCUUCUCGUGGUAGGAAUGUUGGGAGAGGUAGAGGUGGUCGUAGUCGUAGCAAAGAAUCUGUAGAUUGGAACAGAGAUCGUCAGGGCAACAAGGAUCUUAGUGAUUGGAAUAGAGAUCGUCAGGGUAACAAGGAACAUGGAGAUUGGAACAGAGAUCGUCGUGGUAGCAAGGAAUCUGUAGAUUGGAACAGAGAUCGUCGUGGUAACAAGGAACAUGGAGAUUGGAAAAGAGAUCAUCAAGGUAACAAGGAACAUGGAGAUUGGAAUCGAGAUCGUCAUGGUAACAAGGAACAUAGAGAUUUGAAUAAGGAUCGCCAUGGUAACAAGGAACAUGGAGAUUUGAAUAGAGAUCGUCAGGGUAACAAGGAACAUGGAGAUUGGGGGAGAGAUCGUUAUCAUGGCGACAGAAGAAAUGAUUACCAUAGUAACAGGGAAGCAAACAGUAGAAGAGGUGAUUAUCAUGGGAACAGGGAUUUUGGUAGUAGGCAAGGUGGAAGAAGUCGCAACAAUAGUGAGAGGGAAAAAGAUAAUAAAAGUCCUCAGGUUGAAAAGACAUCUCCUCAAACUCAUAGUGGGGGUCUAAUAAAACUACCUUCAAAUGUUCACACAACAGAAGAGCAUAAGAGAGAGGAACAGUCUUCUCAUGUAGAAAAGGAUAAAGAAACAUCUCAAAAGUCCCACAACAGAGAUUCAGUACGUGACCAAAGACCAAGUGCAGGACAGAAACAACUGUUUGAUCCAAAGAACCCUAACAAGCCUAUAGUUAUCCAAGAAUCUUCAAAUUUGAAGUUCCAGGAACCAGCUUCAUCAAAUUUGAAGUUCCAAGAAACAGGUUCGCCAACUUUGAAGUUCCAUGAACCAGCUGGUAUGGAAUCUCCCUCACCCCCAGCCUAUCCACAGAAUCCACCCUUCCAGGGGUAUGGUCCUCAGUAUUAUGGACCUCAGUUUCCUGACCAAGGAAUGUAUGGGCCACCUGGUCCACCUAUGCCACCUCAGAUGAUGCCACCACAUGGUUACUUUUAUGGCUAUCCUCCACCACAGUACUAUGAAAUGAUUAGAGGGAAACAAAGAGAAAUUAUGUUUGAUAAGAUGUUAAAUGAAUGUUUGGGACUGGAUAACCAGCUUGGUAACUUGGUAGCCAGAAGAUUAAAUGGUGAAAGCUUGUCUCUACUGGCUAAUCAAAGACAAGAACUGACCAAACGUUAUGAACAUUUGAUCCUGAUAGACAUUGAUCAGUCUACCAAACAUAAUGUAGAUCAGCUUUUGUGGAAAGCUGUAUUCUACCAAGUAAUUGAAGUAUUCAGAAAACACAUGACUGAAGAAGAUGAUUCUAAGACCAGACUAACUCAAAUAUUAGAUGAGGGAACAGCAUUUUAUGAAGGUUUAAUUCAGAAAUUGCAGAAAAACUACCGAUUCAAGUUGGAUGACUUCCUAGACACUCACAAUCUACCUCCAGAAAAUAUUCAUCGUUUUGUAAAGCUGGCCUUGCUUAGUAGUCAGAGGAAUAUGAUCUGUCUGGGAGAUAUAGCUCGCUACAGAGAACAGAUGAAUGAAUCAGGAAAAGUUAACUAUGGAAGGGCUAGAAAUUGGUACACCAAAGCUCAGUUGUUGGCACCAAAGAAUGGAAGACCAUACAAUCAACUGGCCAUAUUGGCUUUGUAUACAAGAAGAAAGUUAGAUGCUGUGUACUAUUACAUGAGAAGUUUAGCAGCUAGUAACCCGUUCUUAACAGCUAGAGAAAGUCUAAUGUCACUGUUUGAUGAAGCAAGAAAAAAGGCUGAGGCUGCUGAGAAGAAAAGAUCAGAUGAAAAGGACAAACAUAAGAACCCAAAACAACAACAGCAACAACAACAACAUAAACAUGGGGAAAGAAUAGAAAUCUGGAUAGGUACUGAUGGGACCAGUUCAGAGGCUCAUAAACAAGAUGGCGACGGUGAAGAUCUGGAAAAGAUGGAUGCUGUUGAGUUGAACAAAAGAUUUGUGCUGAGUUUCUUAAACAUCCAUGGUAAAUUGUUCACCAAGAUUGGGAGAGAAAGUUUCCCUGAAUGUUGUGCCCAGAUGUUGAAGGAGUUCCGAGCCUUACUGAAGUACAAUGCUAUAGGACCAUCACGGUUGUUACAGCUGAUAGCUAUCAAUAUGUUUGCUAUUGACAACACAGCUCUUAAAGAUACUUCCCUUGCAUCAGGGUUUAGAUCAGAACUACAAGAACAAGCUGUAGAACUUGGACUGUAUAUGUUUGGUAUUUUAGUGGAGAGAUGUUCAGAGCAAUUCAAAAUCCACCUAAAGUCUUCAGACUAUCCUACCAAAUUAUGUAAUGCAGAACUAGAGGAACUCAUUCCUGGGGUCAAGAUCUGGACUGACUGGAUGGUCUGUAACUCUCAAUACUGGAAUCCUCCCCCUGCAACUCUAGAUCCAAGUUUAGGUGUACAAAUAGAUGUCUGGAGUGCUACAGCUGGAUUAUGUAAUAUAUUGAAGGAUAUUGAUAUUAAUCAUGUUAAACUAUAUACAGAAAGGAAGGAAGGCUGUGAGCCAGUGUUACUAAUGGAAGAUUCCAUGUUGUCUGGAUUUGUUCCCCUGCUCAGUGCCCCAAUAGAAAUAUCAUUUGUACAUAAACUGGUUGACAAGGAGAUUGCUCAGGACUGUUUGAGAAUACAGAAGCUACAGUUGUUUGGUGAUUAUCUGUGUGGUAUAGAACCUCCAAUGUUAGCCUAUAAUGUAGAGACAAAACAGUAUUACUCCAUAGCUUUAUCUGUCGAGGAAACAGAGGAACAAAAGAAACCUUCAUUAUCAGCUGAGGAAUGGUCCGAUGAUGGAGAUGUAAUUAUAGAGAGUGAAGAGGAGAUAAUCCAUGGUGGUGAUGACGACCAUGUCAAACACCUUAAAGAGAAAAAACUUCAUUUGAAACAGAUUAAACAAGAUCAAGAAAAACACAAAGAAAAUAUACAGAAAAUAAUAGACAAAAAUCGCCACCAUUGUAUAGAAGUAGAAAUACAUCCAAUAUUCCUGGUACCUGAUACUAACUGUUUUAUAGACCAUCUUCCAGGCCUUAAGAAACUGAUACUGUCAAAGAAGUUCACAAUUACUGUACCAUUAGUUGUGAUAAAUGAAUUAGACGGUUUGGCCAAAGGCAGUAAAGAUGGACAAUACAGUACACAACAACAUGCUAACAGAGUUAGAAAAACAUCAGAGGAGAGUGUGCAGUUUCUGGAGGCAGAAUUUGAGAAGAAAAAUUCUCACUUAAAAACUCAAACAUCUAAAGGAAACAUAUUAGAAACUAUUGCAUUUAGGAGUGAAGAAAGUGAAAAUGGAACAGGGAACAAUGAUGACAUAAUAUUGUCUAGCUGUUUACACUACUGUAAGGAUAAAGCCAGAGAGUUUAUGCCAAAAGAGAAAGAUGGACCUGUUAGGCUGUACCGUGAUGUAGUCCUAUUAACAGAUGACAGAAAUCUAAGAUUGAAGGCACACACACAUAAUGUUCCUGUUAAAGAUGUGCCAUCUUUCCUCCAUUGGAGCAAGGUCACCUGAUCAUGUAGUUAUCCAAUCACAAUGGUGCUGGUCAUUCUGCCCGGGAUAACUGGAUCACUGUAUAUCACUACAUAACAAGUGUAGUGGUAUGCAGGAUAAAUCACACCCAAUGAAGAAAAUAAUUCCUCGCAUUAUUUAGUCUGGCGUUUCAAAAAAAUAAAUUGAUUCCCUGCAAAAUUGCUGAGUGAAGAAAAUAGCUUAACCGUUUAGGAUUAUCUGUAACCGUUAUUUAUUGUUAUUCUACAUGGCUAAUUAAGGGCUUUAUACAAAGUCGGCCAUACCAAUUGGAGUGUUUUCAACAUGAAAUAUUCAAAACAAGGAGUGAGGAUAUAUGUAUUGUUAUGAUAUAUUUAUUUGGUGUAGUUUUUGACCUUUUUGAACUGAUAUAGACAGUGAAUUAGUGACAUUUAAUUGACUUAUGAACUGUGAAUAUCACAUGAUUGUUUUGUGUACGUCUUAACCAAUCUAACAAAUUGAUGGCAACCUAAAAAUAGAAUAAUUUAUAUAUUUGAUAACGAUUGUCGAAAAAAGGAAUCACAGGAUUUAUAGGAAUGGAAUGGAAUUUAUGUUAAAAAGUAUUUGGAUUGAAAUAGAUCUACAGUUGUAAAGGACAUUAGACUUGUUUGAUUGAAAAAUUGAUGUGUGAUAAUAUGGUAUGGAAUCCCAUGAACUUGGAUGUUAAAGUCAGUUCUAUAGUGCACAAUUAACUUAAAUUAAAUAAAAGUUUUUUACAGUGGUUGAAUCAUAACCUAGAUUUAUGAAAAUUUCAGGUCAUUAAUACCUCAAGUUUGCUUUAUCCAUAGCUAGCAGUUUUAUUUCACUUGUAUAUAUAUGUAUAUAAUUAUAUAAAAGGAUUUGCACAU